AAUGCACAGGAAGGUGACAUGCGACUAGAACAUUUUUCGCAGUCGCAGUGUACUUGUGGAUCGAUUUGCACAGUGAUUUCUGCGAUAUUGCGUGCAUAGUAGUUUGCCCCUUUUUUCUAAACAUAAACAACUGCUGCAGGUUUGUUUUCCUCGGUGGCUGUGACAGAUACUGGGCAAAGCACCUCAAUGUUAUGAAUUCAGGAAGAUUACUGCAAUGCGUUGUAGGUGCAGCCUUUGGCAGAAGACUGCAAUACUCUGAUAAAACCUGUGGAAUUGAUCUGUAUUUCAAGAGACAGCAACCCAGUUUUAGUUUAUUGGCUGCCAGGACAAUGGCUACUGCUAAAGGAUCAGAAGAGAAGGGGCACCAGAACCGACUGUCUUUUGAAAAAUCACCAUAUUUAUUGCAGCAUGCUACAAACCCUGUGGACUGGUAUCCAUGGUGUGAUGAAGCAUUUGAAAAAGCAAGGAAAGAAAAUAAGCUGAUAUUUCUUUCUGUUGGAUAUUCAACCUGCCACUGGUGUCAUGUAAUGGAAAGAGAGUCAUUUGAAAAUGGUGAAAUAGCAAAGGUUAUGAAUGAACAUUUUGUUAACAUAAAAGUAGACAGAGAAGAAAGGCCUGAUGUCGAUAAAAUGUACAUGGCUUUCGUACAGGCUACUACUGGUGGAGGUGGGUGGCCCAUGAGUGUCUGGCUGACACCAGAACUGACACCUGUUUAUGGUGGUACAUAUUUUCCACCAGAUGAUCGUUACUUUGGGAGGCCAGGCUUCAAAUCCGUUCUACAGACACUUAAAAUACAGUGGGAAGGAAAUAGGCAGAAGUUUUCAGACUCAGGACGGAAGGUAGUGGAGAUCUUAAAGAGAGCUUCUGCAUUAGAUGCUGCAUCAUCUGCUGUACCUAAACCAGAAUGCAUAGAAAAGUGUUUCCAGCAGCUUGCGAAGAGUUUUGAUAGUAAAAAUGGUGGCUUCAGUGAAUCUCCAAAAUUUCCACAGCCAGUGAAUUUUAAUUUUCUUUUUCACAUUCAUGCAAGAAAUCCUUCUUCAGAAAUUGGAAAAAAUGCUCUUGACAUGUGUUUAUUCACUCUGAAAAAGAUGGCAAAAGGAGGAAUUCAUGAUCACGUUUCACAGGGUUUUGCAAGAUAUUCAACAGAUGAAAGGUGGCAUGUUCCACAUUUUGAAAAGAUGCUUUAUGACCAGGCACAGUUAGCUGUUGCCUAUUCAGCAGCCUAUACAGCUUCUAAAGAAGAAUUUUAUGCUGACAUUGUUAGAGACAUUCUUACUUAUGUGGACAGAGAUUUAGGUGAUCAGUCUGGAGGAUUCUACAGUGCUGAGGAUGCAGAUUCUUAUCCAACUCAUGAUUCUAAGAAGAAAAAAGAAGGAGCAUUCUGUGUAUGGACUUUCGAUGAGAUUAAACGACUUUUAGCAAAAUCGCUACCAGAAAUGUCAACUUCUGCCACUUUAGGGGAUGUUUUUUGCUACCAUUAUUGUGUGAAAACAGGAGGAAAUGUAAACCCAUAUCAGGAUCCUCAUGAUGAACUGAAGGGGCAGAAUGUUUUAAUAGUUGAAGGAAGUGAGGAAGAGACAGCUGAACAUUUUAAACUUACAUUGGAACAAACACGAGUCUUUCUCAAAGAAGGUUGUAAUAUUUUGUAUGAAGCUCGCCAAAAAAGGCCUAGACCCCAUUUGGACAGCAAGAUGCUUACAGCUUGGAAUGGGUUGAUGAUAUCAGGAUAUUCUAAAGCUUAUGAAGCCUUACAAGAUAAAUCAUAUGCUGAGAGAGCUAUUAAGGCAGCAAAUUUCAUAAAGGAACACUUGUACAAUCCCCAAAAUCAGACUCUGUUACGAAGUUGCUACAGAGGUGAAGAUGGCAGUGUAGUUCAAAUUUCAAGUCCAAUUUCUGGUUUUCUGGACGACUAUGCAUUUGUCGUCCAAGGCUUGCUGGACUUGUAUGAAGCUAGUCUGGAUGACAGGUGGCUAGAGUGGGCAGAGAAACUUCAAGAUCAACAAGAUAAGUUGUUUUGGGACUCUGAAAGUGCUGGAUAUUUCACUUCACCGGCAACUGAUGCUUCAGCAAUUCUCAGGUUAAAGGAAGACCAGGACGGCGCGGAGCCGUCGGGCAACUCGGUGUCGUGCCUGAACCUGCUGCGGCUGUCGUCGCUGCUGGAGCGGGCGGAGCUGCGCGAGCGCGCCGGCCGCCUGCUGGCCACCUUCUCCACCAGGCUGGCGCGUCUGCCCGCCGCCGUGCCGCAGCUCGCCGUCGCGCUCUCCGUCUACCACGACUCGCCCACACAGGUGUUCGUGGCCGGCCCGCGCGAGUCGGAGGAGACGCAGUCGCUGGUGCGCGCGGCGCAGACGACGCCGGUGGCGGGGCGCGUGCUGGCGCUGGUGCAGCCGGGGCCCGACCCGGAGGCCUCCCCGGGAGCCGGGCUGCUGGCCAGCCGCAGCGAGGCCGUGCGGCGCAUGCGCCCCGCGGGCGGCCGGCCCGCCGCCUACGUCUGCCGCCACCGCGCCUGCUCGCUGCCCGUGCACUCCGCCGCCGACCUGCGCGCCCUCCUCCACCAGCAGUAGUCCCGCACACGCCGCCGUACCGCCGUACUCUUGCUCUAACUCGUGUUACCUAGUUGCGACGUCGAAAUAGCGGCAUUGCUCGUUAUCUAUUUAGCUUCCGUUUUAUUGCUCAGCUUCACGUCGCUCGGAUAAAUCUUAGCGCUCCAAUUGAAAUCCGGCGACUGUAUUUCGAGAGUCCGUGGAGCUUCCUGCAGUAGCUAGUUUUUACUUGUAGUGAAGCUUGGGGCGUAUGUUUUCCGUAGAGACUCGUAGAAGCAAAGCCUUGAUUCUGAAGACAUUUACGAGAACCAGAAUCGCAGCCAUGUAGACAAGAGUCUAAAUAUAUCUUUUGAUCAUUUAAAGUUGUCAUUAGUUUCAAAAUAGUGUAGAGUUCCGCUAUGUUUCGCGCGGCACAGUUAAAAAAGUCUCAUUCGAGUACUAAAAACGCGUUUUCUUUAAAACUGUUUCUCAUUUGGUGACUAUCGCAACGUCUAUUUUACUACUUCCGUAAAUUUCUGCUGCCUACUGUGAAACUGCUACGAUAACGGCAGUUGCUAUAGUCCCCACUAACAGAGCGUCUCAGCGCAGCACCCGAAGUAGGCAUGACAUGAAGACACCUGCACCAGUCCAUUUUGCAUUUAAUUUAUUUAUGCAACUAGUUUCGGUGUUCCAUUAAACCAUCUUCAGGCUCCUAGAGCAACGUAAAUUGGGAGGAAUCCAAUCUCGUGUGCAGUCUUAACAGGAGACAAUAGUAAAUAACCGGUGUUCGUCCUCAAAGCACGAAUGAAGUGAUAGCGUCCUGUAAACCAGAAGUCUACGGACACUGGUUAUAUAAUAUUCGCUCCUGUUAUGACUGCACACGGGAUUGGACUCCUCCCUAUUUACGUUGGUCAAGGGACGUGAAGAUGGUGUAAUGAAACAUCGAAACUGUCUGCAUAAAUAAAUUAAAUGCAAAAGAGACUGCUUCAUGUGUCUUUAUAUUGAACAUCUGAAGUUCCUGUAACCAUCUACACAAGGAUAGACGUACAAAACGAAAUAGUCAUGUCUUCAAAUUAAAAUAUAAAAUUGUAUGGACCAAUUGUUAAGCGGAUACUGGUUGGGUGGUGCGUAAUUAUUAGUUUUAUUUGAAUUGUAAUAAUGUCGCCAAGAGAGGAGGGGGGGGGGUGGAGA